AUGACUCCCAAAACAAGGUCGCAAGCUGCCAACCAGUCGAAGUCCCGUAAGUCGGGUAGGCCUCAAUUGGCCAGUCGAAGUCGUCUCGAAGUCGCCAAGGUCGAUACCUCUUCAUUCAGAAGUAUGGGGUAUUCGCAAACCCUCAGUGCAUGGAGUGUGCUGCCAAGAAAAUUGGCCGCCAUGACUGUCGAGUUGCUGGCAUUGCUGCUCCGUGCAAUCUUUUUCAAGGCUCGCUCGACUGCUGCUGCAGAAGUCGAGGUCGCCAUGGAUGUUGGAGCGGUGUUUGAGGCGGAGGCACCAGUUGCCUGCGGCAAGCAGGCUGAUGCUAUCGGUGCCAAGACAGGGGUUGUCGACAUGUCGCCGGUUACUGAGGAUCCUCUCGAGGUUGCUCAGUCAGACGAUGAAGGUGGACCCUGGUUUGACUCAGUCGACUUGUCGUCACUUGAUGUUGAUGGGCUACUAGCAUGGUCGGAGGCCGAUGCUGUAUCAGAGGAUAUGGUGGGGCAGGUUGACUGGACUUCAGUCGCUGCUGGAUUUGGGGCCUACACGGGCGAGGGGUUGUUCCCCGUCGAGUCGUGGGAGCCGGUUGGGUUGUCGUACCCAGCCGGGCAGUCCUAUCAGGUCGAUGCGCUGCAUCAGGUUGAGCAACCGUACCAGGUCGAGCCGAUGGAUGACUUCCUUGAGGAGUUGCUUGCACGCGGUCGCGUUGGUCACGUUGAAGAGGUUGCUCACGCGGAGCGAGCCAACCAGGUGAAACAUGUCGAACAGGUCCCGACUCCCAACUGGGAGGAGUGGUUUGCCUAG